AUUAUAUAUAUAUUAUCAAGUGUUCCGGCACUUUCCUGGUGACAUACAUAUUUAACUGUAAAUAAGCAUCAUCAUCCUGUGCCUUAGGUUAACGAGCAAUAAAAGAUAAUCAAAAUUGAAGCGCCUAAAUGUUUUCGUCAGUCUGGAGAAACAUUGAAACCCAAUUGACUUCCUACUACUUUCGAGGUUUGUCCAAAUUAACUGCGCACGGAGCUGCAGUUAGUGCGUCCCCUGGUGCUGGUGCUGGAUCAUUAAAGCGGUGUCUGGUUGUCCCGUUAUUGUCUCGCGUCAAUUUACAAAAAUUGAGAACAGUUGGAUUAAGAGGCAUGCAUAGCUCUUUGGAAGAUGUCACGCUGGACAGCAUGCAGGUGAAAAUCCUGCCUGCUCUACAGGAUAACUAUAUGUAUCUGAUUGUGGAUAGCAAGACAAAAGAAGCAGCUGUCGUAGAUCCCGUGGAUCCAGAGCUGGUCAUCAAGACAGUGAAAGAAUCGAAUGUGAAGCUAAACAAAGUUCUGACUACUCACCAUCACUGGGAUCAUGCUGGCGGCAAUGAGCGCUUGGUCAAGAUGUGGGAUGGUAAACUGGAGGUCUAUGGCGGUGAUGAACGUAUUGGAGCAAUGAAUCACAAAGUUUGCCAGGAUGAAACAUUCACCAUUGGCACCCUCAAGGUGCGCUGCUUGUCGACUCCCUGUCAUACCAGCGGCCACAUUUGCUAUUAUGUCACAGCUACAAAUAGCAAUGAGGCUGGCGCAGUUUUCACUGGCGACACACUCUUCCAAGGCGGCUGUGGUCGCUUYUUUGAGGGCACACCGGAGGAGAUGUAUGAUGCUUUGUGUGCUAAGCUUUCGGCUUUGCCGGAUGAUACAAAAGUCUUUUGCGGCCAUGAGUAUACGCUGCAGAACAUGAGUUUCGCUCGUCAUGUGGAGCCGGACAAUAAAAAUGUACAGAAUCGCAUUGAAUGGGCCAAGUUGCGCCGCGCAACCAAAGACCCAACAGUUCCAUCGACCAUUGGCGAGGAGAAAUUGUGGAAUCCUUUUAUGCGCGUKCAUGAGGCUACCGUGCAGAAUCAUGCUGGCAUUUCGGCAAAUCCCAUUGGCACCAUGGAAGCUUUGCGCAARGAAAAGGAUAACUUUAAAGCUUAAAUUUGAAAUAUAUUAAACGUUUUACUUGAUAAAGAGCA